AUGGCCCACCAAGCCCAAAUCCAUGAGUGGCAAGAGCGGUCCAAGGCCUUUGAGCCACUCGACCUCAAGAAAGUUCAGCAGCCAUUGACCGAGCUUGACAAUCAUCUCACCCUUCGAUCAUAUAUCGUUGGCUAUAGUCUGACAGAUGCAGAUCUGACAGUAUGGAAGGCACUGAGAAGCAAUCGGAUCGCGUUCGGAUACAUCAAAGGUGGAGCUCUCGUCAGUGUAUGGCGAUGGUUCAGCUUCAUUGCCGAGACCGAGAACCCAAGCAUCGAACAAGCCAAGCCAACCGAGAAAACGGUUGACGAAGGUGCGAGCUACGACAUUGGUCUACAAGGCACUGAAAGGGGUGUAGUCACUAGGUUCCCACCAGAGCCGUCUGGCUACCUUCACAUUGGCCAUGCUAAGGCUGCCCUGCUCAACGAGUACUUCGCACACAAAAAGUACAAGGGCACGAUGAUCUUGCGCUUCGAUGAUACAAAUCCCAGCAAAGAAAAGCAAGAGUAUCAAGACUCGAUCGUCAAGGACUGCGAACUUCUGGGUGUCAGGCCUGAUAAGGUUACCUACACUAGCGACUACUUCCAGGAUUUGUACGAUCGCUGUGUGCAGAUGAUCAAGGAUGGCCAUGCCUACGCCGACAACACUCCGCAGGAGCAACUCCGUGACGAGCGCGAAAAGCGCAUCGAAAGUUCUCAUCGCAAUGCUUCUGUCGAGGACAGCCUGGCUCACUUUGAGGAGAUGAAGUCAGGCAGUGAGGAGGGCACGAAAUGGUUCAUCCGCGCCAAGAUGGAUAUGAGCAGUAACAAUGGCGCCAUGCGAGAUCCUGUCAUCUAUCGCUGCAACCCCGAGCCACAUCACCGCACGGGCAGCACAUGGAAGAUAUAUCCCACGUACGACUUUGCCUGCCCUGUUGUCGACUCAGUCGAAGGCAUCACCCACGCUCUCAGGACGACCGAGUACAAUGACCGAGACCCGCAGUACCAGUGGUUCAUCCAAGUACUCAACCUACGAGGCGUAUACAACUGGAAUUUCUCACGCAUGAACUUCAUCCGCACAUUACUGUCAAAGCGCAAGCUUACCAAGUUGGUCGAUUCCGGUAUCGUGUGGGGCUGGGACGAUCCUCGUAUGGCCACAGUCAGAGGCAUCCGAAGACGUGGUAUGACCAUCCCGGCUCUCCAGGAGUUUAUCCUCAAGCAGGGUCCAAGCAAGAACAUCAACUUUCAGGACUGGACAUCUUUCUGGGCUACGAACAAGAAGUACAUCGACCCUGUCGCUGGCCGCUACACCGCUGUUGAGAAGUUGAAUCAUGUCAAGUGCACUAUAGCUGGUGCUCCAGAAGCAGCUCGUACGGAGGAGAGAGAGCUUCAUGCCAAAAAUGCUGACGUGGGCAAGAAGAAGGUCGUGUUCAGCAAGAACAUUAUCCUUGAUCAAGCCGAUGCUCAGAGCUUUGCGGACGAUGAAGAAAUCACCUUGAUGAACUGGGGCAAUGCUAUUGUCCGCAAGAAGCACUACUCGCUCAACCCACUCAACAUGGCGGCUUCAGUAGCAGGCGCAGACUCACGUACCGUGACCAAGCUCGAGCUCGAACUCCGUCUUCAAGGUGAUGUGAAGAAGACCAGCAAGAAGAUCACUUGGCUCUCGACAGAUCAGGAGCUUGUGCCUGUCACGCUGUACGAUUUCGACUACCUGAUCACGAAAGACAAACCGGACCCGGAGGACUCGCUGGAAGAUAUCUUGAGCCACGACACCGAGUUCAAGACCGAGGCGCUGGCUGAUUGCAAUGUGGCGGAGCUGAAGGAGGAUGCAAUCGUGCAGUUUGAUCGGAAGGGCUUCUUUAGAAUCGAUCGGGCUUUCAAGCAUGGUGAGAGUGUCAUGGCAUUCAAUAUUCCGACCGGGAAGAAGAUGUGA